AUGUCGCUCAAAGUACCACGCGCAGGAGGGCCCAACCUCUUCAAGGAGGGGUACAAGCACUUCCAAGGCAUCGAGGAGGCUGUCCUUCGCAACAUUCAGGCGGUCAAUGAACUCUCCGAGAUCGUAAGGACCUCUUUCGGUCCCAACGGACGCAACAAGAUGGUCAUCAACCACCUCGAGAGGUUGUUCGUCACAUCCGAUGCCGCCACCAUCAUUCGAGAACUCGACGUCGUCCACCCCGCCGCCAAGCUGCUCGUCCUGGCGAGUCAACAGCAGGAAGCAGAGAUGGGCGACUCCACCAACCUCGUGCUCAUCUUUGCCGGAGAGCUUCUCAAGAAGGCCGAAUACCUCAUCACAAUGGGAUUGCAUCCGUCCGAGAUCCUGCAAGGCUACGAGAUCGCACGCGACAAGUGCCUCGCCGAGCUCGAGCAGCUUUCGGUCGCCCAGCUUUCCACCCCACCCACCACCGAGAGCCUCGCACUGGCGCUCAAGCCAUGCCUCGCCUCCAAACAGUACGGCAACGAGGAUCUCUUGGCUCCCUUGGUCGCAGAAGCCGUCUCCAUGGUGCUGCCUCAGAAUGCCAAGAACGGUCUCGCCGAUUUUAGCGUCGACAACGUCCGCGUAGUCAAGAUCAUGGGCGGCAGCUUGUCGCAGUCCCAGGUGGUAAGAGGUAUGGUCUUUGGUCGCGAACCCGAAGGCGUCAUCAAAAAGGCGAAAGCCGCCAAAGUCGGUGUCUACACAUGUGGCAUGGACAUCACCCAGACCGAGACCAAGGGCACCGUCCUCCUCAAGAACGCCGACGAACUCUCCAACUUCUCCCGCGGCGAAGAGCAGCAGCUCGAAAAGUACUUUAAGGAAAUCGCCGAUUCCGGCGUCAAGGUCGUCGUCACACAGUCCCAGGUCGGCGAGCUUGCACAGCACUACCUCAACCGCUUCGGCAUCCUGGUCAUCAAGAUCCUCUCCAAGUUUGAGUUGCGUCGACUCUGCCGAUUGCUCGGUGCUACGCCUCUUGCACGACUCGGUGCGCCGUUGCCCGAAGAAGCCGGAUGGAUCGACUCGAUCGAGACGAUCGAGAUCGGUGGUGACCGGGUCACCGUGUUCAAGCAGGAGGAGGGUCAACCUGGAGGCAAGGCGAAACCCAAGAUGUGCACCAUCGUUCUGCGAGGUGCCACCUCGAACCUGCUCGACGACGUAGAACGUGCCAUCGACGACGGCGUCAACGUGAUCAAGUCUCUCACCCGCGAUCCACGUCUCGUCCCCGGUGCAGGCGCCACCGAACUCGAACUCGCCAAACGCAUUGCCGAUUUGGGAGAAAAGACACCGGGACUCAACCAGCAUUCCAUCAAAAAGUUCGGCGAGGCUCUCGAAGUCGUACCCCGCACUCUCGCCGAAAACGCCGGCCUCGACUCUACCGAAACCGUCUCGCGCCUCUACGCAAAGCACGUCAAUGCCGCCGGCGCAGACGUCGGCGUAGACAUCGAAAACCAAGUCGACGGAACACUCUCCACCACCCAAACCCAGGUAUUCGACGUACUGGCUGCAAAAUCCUGGGCCUUGAGAUACGCAACCGGCGCUGCCAUCAGCGUCCUCUCCGUCGACUCGAUCAUCAUGUCCAAGCCGGCAGGCAUCAAGGCGCCAAAAGCCAACCCAAACUGGGACGACGAUUAA